AUCAAGUAAAGACAGUAAUGGGAUUAAGCCCGUGUGGAAAGAGCACAAAUAGACCUUCACCCGGUCAAGACGACUUCAGACUGUCAACACACAGCACUUUGUUUAUCGCUGCCGCUGGAGAAGCUUCGCACCUUCAGUCGUCUGCUGAGUUUCCUUCCCCCCUCCAUCAUCUGACACUGUGCAACGGAGCUGGACAAUGAAGCCCCUGCUCGCUGUGGCCGUGCUGGUGGUGACACUGGGUGUCCUCCACUCUGCUCCCGAGGAAACACCCAAAGGCAUCUCAGAGGACACCAUGACACAGUUGUCCGUGGACGGUGAGAAACUGGUGGACGAGGAGGUGAAGCGAGCUCUGUACGGGGUGAAGCAGAUGAAGGAGGUGAUGUGGAGGAACGAGCAGAAACACGAGCACCUCAUGAAGUCCCUGAGGCACAGCAGCGACAAGAAGAGGGGGGCAGCCCAGCUGGCCAAGGAGGUGACGGAGAAGCUGGAGGAGGCUGAGGAGCAGUGCAAAGACUCCCUGCAGACCGAGUGGGAGGAGUGCAGACCCUGUCUGGAGGACGCAUGUAAGACGUUCUACACCUCCACCUGCCGCAGGGGAUUCGCAACUUUCCAAGCCAAGGUGGAGAAUUUCUUCCGCAGGGUGUCCAGACGCUUUGGCCCCCGGGAACCUCGCGUGGCCGCGGCGGACAUCCUGGUGAACCAGGACCUGGACAACGCCGACACGGAGGUCGUCGGCAUCGAGGAGUCCUUCAACCGCCUGACCGCCAAGGUGGGCGCGGUGGUGAACCGCAGCGUCACGCUGGCGUCCGGCAUGAGCAGCCGGCUGGACAGAGUCCUGCAGAGAGCCUUCCUGAACGACGCCGCCGCCGACUCGCUGACGGAGGCGAGCGCCGCCGACCCUUACCACCCGGGCCGGGACUCGGGCUUCCUGCAGGGCGUGGGCCUGGAGGAGGUGCUGGACUCCUUCUUCGACUUUGGCAAGAGUGUGGUGGAGGAAUUUGGAGCUGUGGUGACCCAGGCGUUCGACGACCUCCACGGGGCUGUGGAAGAAGAGAAGAAGAGAGUGAGGGAAAGUUUCCCCCGUUUCCUGCAGAACCAGAAGUUGUGCAGAGACCUCCGCAAGCAGACGUCAGAGUGCUGGCAGCUCCAGAGCCAGUGUGAAGUCUGCCAGGGAGCCCUGCUCACAGAGUGUCCCAGUGUCCGCGAGCUGCACGUGGAGCUGGACGAGGUCACCCAGCUGGUGGACGUGUCCGGAGAGCAGUACGACGAGAUCCUGUCCAUCGUCCAGCGGCACACCGGCGAGACGGUCAACUGGCUGAGCGACAUGGCGGCGGAAUUCGGCUGGGUGGCUCAGGCCGUGGGCAACAGCGGCGCGCCGGAGAACAUCUUCCGCAUCACCAUGGUGGCACCAAAGACCCUCGAUGGGCAGAACGCGUCCAUCGCGGACACCAAGGUGGAGGUCAACAUCCUGAACUCUCCCCCGCUCAUCCUCUCCGUCCCCGGGGAGCUGGAGCCGCAGGACCCGGCCUUCGUCCAGUACGUGGCCCAGGAGGCUCUGGACAAGUACAAGGAGAUGGUCAGGUUUGAGGACGAAUAAAUUGGCAGUAAUGCUCCUUCCCUGAGCUUCUACCAGCACUUUGUUUGUGUGCAGAACUAGACCGUCUUCCUGUGUAGUAGCUUUAAUCUUGUUGAAAUGUAAAUUCAGUAAACAACUGAACAAUGUCAUUUACUGCUGUUCGCUGAAUGUAAAAAAAUAAAGAAAAAGAGGGUUUUGUGCUGCUUACCUGUUGUCCUAGGGUGUAAAUAAAAAAAAACCUUGAUUAAA